GAAAUUAACGUGUAGAGAAGGAGAAAGAUAGGGGUUUUCUAUUUUCAAUGAGUAAUGUAAGAAAAGAAAGAGAUGCAACGAAGCAGAAUUAGAAAAAUACGAAAGGAUUCGAAGCGCGUGAGAAAAUAGAAAGUCCCUUGAUCACGCGCCGGUCAACGGAGUGGAAGGAUCAAAAUUAGAAUUUGCGUGAUCGAAAAGACAAUCUGGUCUGCAUUUGGGGGUAAGUAAAAUUGAAAGUGAUGGCGGCGGCGACGUCGUAUCUGACGGGGACGCAGAGGUACGCUGCCGGAGCGUUGUUUGGGCUGGCUCUGCACCAGGCCCAACUUCACCAGACCCACCCUCUGGGCCUAUCAACCGACGACUUCCCUUCUGAUUCUGAAACUAGUUCCACUCUCGCUGUUUCCGAACACCCCAACCUUUGGGUCCAUCACAACUCCGGUUUGCUCCGCCCCGUUUUAAAGUACCUAGAUAUUAAUUCCGCAGCAUGGUCUGGACUCGAGGAAACUGCUGGCUUUUCUUCGGCUUCACGUCACGUCGGUCCGUUCUUGAGACUAUUAUCAGAAGAUUUUGAUGAUGAUGAUGAUUCUUCCCAAAGGUUGGAUCAAGAACUUGCUUUGUCAGAAGCUGUUGAUGCUAUGGUACAUAGCCUGGAAAAGAAUUCUGAGUCUCUCGUGUCUAGAAGGGAGAAGUUACGUGAAUAUGAGAAUCAAUGUCGUGAAAAGUUUUCGACUGCUGAUGUUCAACCGAAUUCUGAGAAGGUAGAUUUGCAAUUGGAAACCCAGGAGGACACAGGUACUCCUUUCCUUGACUGUGAAGACUCACAUCAGGGAUCUUUUGAUAGUAAUAUUGAUGAGAUUCCAACUGAAGAGGUAAUGAUUCUCAGCUAUCCGAGGAAAGUCACAGUGCUCUACGAGCUUCUCUCUGCCUGCCUAUCAGAUUUAGGUGAAAAUAACAAGAAAUAUAGCCGGAGGAGAAAGGGCUACGAUGCUCGACAACGUGUCACUCUACGCCUGCUGGCAACUUGGCUUGAUAUCAAGUGGGCAAAAAUGGAGGCCAUUGAGACAAUAGUUGCUAGUUCUGCAAUGUCUUUCAUUAAAGAGCAAGAGGCAAGUAAAGAAGAAACUCAAUCAAAAGAAGACAAGUGGGCUAAAUGGAAGAGGGGUGGUAUCAUUGGUGCUGCUGCCUUAACUGGGGGAACUUUGAUGGCUGUUACUGGUGGAUUAGCUGCCCCAGCAAUUGCUGCAGGGCUUGGUGCUUUGGCUCCAACCUUGGGUACUCUGAUCCCCGUAAUUGGAGCAAGUGGAUUUGCUGCAGCUGCUAGUGCUGCUGGAACUGUUGCUGGUUCUGUUGCUGUUGCUGCAUCAUUUGGAGCUGCUGGAGCUGGACUCACUGGAAGCAAAAUGGCUAGAAGAGUUGGGGAUGUUGAGGAGUUUGAAUUCAAAGCUGUAGGAGAAAACCAUAACCAAGGUAGGCUUGGGGUUGAGAUCAUGAUCUCUGGAUUUGUCUUUGAGGAUGACGAUUUUAUAAGGCCGUGGGAAGGACUGGAUGACAACUUGGAGAGGUAUGCACUGAAGUGGGAGUCCAAGAAUCUAUUUGCCCUGAGCACUGCAAUUCAGGAUUGGCUUACUUCAAGAAUUGCAACAGAGCUGAUGAAGCAAGGGGCAAUGAUGACGGUUUUGCAUGCUCUUUUAACUGCAUUGGCUUGGCCAGCUGCAUUACUUGCUGCAACUGAGUUCAUAGACAGCACAUGGACAAUUGCUAUCGACAGAUCAGACAAGGCAGGAAAGUUGCUUGCUGAAGUAUUAUUGGGAGGGUUGCAGGGAAAUAGGCCUGUUACCCUUGUAGGUUACUCACUUGGGGCUAGAGUUAUUUUCAAGUGUCUGGAGUUUUUGGCUGAAACAGAAAACAGUGCUGAACUGGUAGAGAGAGUUGUUCUUCUUGGAGCACCCAUUGCAAUCAAGGACGAGAAUUGGGAAGCUGCUAGAAAGAUGGUAGCAGGAAGAUUUGUCAAUGCUUAUUCAAGAAAUGACUGGAUGCUUGGAGUUGCUUUCCGCGCCAGUCUACUUUCACAAGGAUUAGCUGGAAUCCAACCUGUCGAUAUUCCUGGGAUCCAAAAUGUUGACGUGACAGAUCAUAUAGAGGGUCAUUCUUCAUAUUUGUGGGCUACACAACAGGUCCUAGAUGAACUUGAAUUAGAUACCUAUUAUCCCGUUUAUAACAAAUUCCUUUCCAGACAGUGAUUCUUCCUAAUUCUUCUAUGUUUGAGUAUAUGAAUAAGUUCCUAGUGUAACUGUCAAGUGGAUCGGGUUCUCCCACAAUUUUUCCCAAAGAAACAUACAGUGAUAAGUAUCUUUUCACUAAAAUGCUUGUGUUGAAUUAAUGCCUUGUAUUGUAUAUGGAUUACUGUAUAGCCUGCUAAGAUCGUUUAUUAUAGCUAUACAAUAUCUAUUAUUCAAGUUAUAAAAAAAUUGUAAGCUGACGAUAUUUUAAACUGUGAUAUAAAUAUUUAUUUCUUGGUUACA